UUUGGCAAUGUCAUUCCAGCAAUCCAGCACCAAAGUGCCCCGAGAACAGAGAGUCCCAAAGUCCCGAGUUCCUGACCAAGAGAAAAACAGAAAAUCCGGCCGGAGACCCCGAGAAAUGGCAGCCGCCGGCCCACCCACGCAGCCGCCGGCACCGCACCCGUCGGUGGCGCCGCUGCUGUUCCUGCUGGGCAAGUGGCGCGGGGAAGGCGAGGGAACCUUUCCCACCAUCAACCCCUUCCGCUACGGCGAGGAGAUCCUCUUCUCCCACAACCCCUCCAAGCCGGUGAUCUCGUACACGCAGAAGACGUGGAAGGCGGCGUCCGGCGAGCCGAUGCACGCCGAGAGUGGGUACUGGCGGCCCACACCCGACGGCUCCGUCGAGGUGGUCAUCGCCCAGAGCACGGGCCUCGUCGAGGUCCAGAAGGGUUCAUAUGAUGCUGAAAACAAAACGGUGACGCUCCAAAGCGAACUUGUUGGCAAUGCAUCAAAGGUAAAGCAGAUCACCAGGGCCUUUAAGAUGGUGGAUGGGGAGCUCUCGUACGUUGUUCAGAUGGCAACAAUCACAAACAGUCUACAGCCACAUCUGAAAGCCCUUCUCAAGAGGAUUUGAGAUAUCUCCUCGAGUCCAGUGGAAUCUAUGUUUUGAAGAAUGAUAUUUGAGUAUUUCUUAGUAAGUUUGGUACUUAAAAGUCAAAUUUGACUUAACUAGAAAUACCCUUCUUCCAAACUUACAUUACGGGAACCUGCUCGUAGGAGCAUGAUAUGUACGAAAACAAAUGACAUUCAUUUCUGACCUGUAGUAAGAGAUAUUACAGGGCUCUUAACUUGUAUACAUUUUCUUGGAGAUGUUGCUAUGUA